GGUCUGGUGUGGGCAUGAGUGUAGAGGAUGGGGGUAUGCCAGGCCUGGGCCGUCCCAGACAGGCCCGCUGGACCCUGAUGCUACUCCUGUCCACUGCUAUGUAUGGUGCCCAUGCCCCAUUGUUGGCACUGUGCCGUGUGGACGGCCGAGUGCCCUUCCGGCCCUCCUCAGCUGUGCUGCUGACUGAGCUGACCAAGCUGCUCUUGUGUACCUUUCCUUUCCUGGUGGGCUGGCAGGCAUGGCCCCGGGGGGCCCCACCCUGGCGCCAGGCUGUCCCCUUUGCACUAUCAGCCCUGCUCUACGGCGCUAACAACAACCUGGUGAUCUAUCUUCAACGUUACAUGGACCCCAGCACCUACCAAGUACUGAGCAAUCUCAAGAUUGGAAGCACGGCCCUGUUCUACUGCCUCUGCCUCCGACACCGCCUCUCUGCACGCCAGGGCUUAGCACUGCUGCUGCUCAUGGCAGCAGGGGUCUGCUAUGCAGCUGGUGGCCUCCAGAACCCUGGGAACCUCCCUUCUGGGCCCCCUCCAGCAGCUGCUGCCAGCCCCAUGCCCCUGCAUAUCACUCCACUAGGACUGCUGCUCCUCGUCGUGUACUGCCUCAUCUCAGGCUUGUCAUCCGUGUACACAGAACUGCUCAUGAAGCGGCAGCGGCUACCCUUAGCCCUUCAGAACCUUUUCCUCUACACCUUUGGUGUGCUCCUGAACCUAGGUCUGCAUGCAGGUGGCGGCCCCGGCCCAGGCCUCCUGGAGGGUUUCUCAGGAUGGGCAGCACUCGUGGUGCUGAGCCAGGCACUAAAUGGACUGCUCAUGUCAGCCGUCAUGAAGCAUGGCAGCAGCAUCACACGGCUCUUUGUUGUGUCCUGCUCACUAGUGGUCAAUGCCAUGCUCUCAGCAGCCCUGCUGCGGCUACAGCUCACAGCUGCCUUCUUCCUGGCCACGCUGCUCAUUGGCCUGGCUGUGCGCCUGUACUAUGGCAGCCGCUAGUCCCUGACCACCUCUACCCUGACUCCUGACCCUGUAGAUUGGACGCCACCCUCAGAGUCACCUCCCAGCCCUCCCCACCUCUCACCUCAGCAGCCCUGUAACAAGUGCCUUGUGAGAAAAGCUGGGGAAGUGAGAGCAGCUGGGUUAGUCUCUAGAGGUGGGUGGGUGAAGGCAUACCCCUGGGAGACUUGAAGAGUGGGUUUGGUUAAGUAAACGCUUAACCCCCCCAAGUUCUUCCAGACCAAGGAAUUGGAGGAGCGUCAAUACCUAGACCUGAGAAAUGACCCCAUCCCUGAUGGAGAAGAUUCCCUGCCUCAUCCUGCAUGAAUGCAAUUGCUUAAAGUGGGGCAGAGCCAACAGUUGGCUUUCCUUGCCUAGGAAACCCACUGCCCCCAGGCUUGGUGCUGGCUGCCAUGGCCCAGCUAUGGUGCAUGACUACCCUAUAGGGAUACUCACCUCCCACUGUCAUGCAGGAUAGCCCAGUUGCCACAGAUUACACACCAUCACCCAGGCCACUCUGCCUAGCUGCCGUAGCUCCAGGAGCACCUGGAGACAAUGCCCCCUGCUCCCUCCCACAGUGCUGCUCUCCACAGCCAGCCUUUGUUCUGGAAACCCCAGAGUGGGCUGGGGCUUGACUCAUCUCAGGGAAUGUUGCCCCUGGGCCCUGGCUUAAGUCUACACUCCUGACCCCUCUGCUCAUCCCAAGGGCCCUCUUGAAGCCAACUGUCCCCUCUGUGGCUCCUAGGAGGUACCAUCCUUCCCCCCGGGUCCUGCCCCAGCGUAGCAGUUGUCCCAGCCCCCAACAGCCUAGGGAAGCUCGACACAGAGUGACCUGGGACCAGGCACAGGGAAACUUGUAUAGCUCAAUCACUGUCUCUAACUGCGUAAGCAAUAAGAUAUUAAUAAAGUGUUCUGGGGUGUAGGUGGUACCUACAAUCGACCA